GAAUCACUUUCUCUACAGUGACUUGUUGAAUUGAUCUCUUCUGUACCAUGGUCACACCAGUUUGCGCUGGAUUUGAUGUCAAUUAAAAUGCAAAAAUGCAGACUGUGAGCAUACGCACAAGUUAAAUCAGCCCGGGUGAUUGUUCUGACUGAAUAGCUUAGUCAUAGAAGAGGAAGCCCACGAGUCUGCACUGAUGUCUGUACACACAAUGCGCUGCGUGUGUGCCACAAUGGCCAGCGACAGAUGCCCUGAAAGAAUGCGAUUGUCUUGUUCUGAUAACAGGCCAAAAGAAUGAGGGAAUGGCAGCUGGGCUGGGUUAUACCAUUCAGGGAACGUGAAGGAACGUCAGCUGGGUAGCUGUCCAACGAGAGAAAGUCUGUUUCUGUCCCACAACCUCACACACAUGCACACAGCUUAGUAGGAAGACAUGGGGACCCUGUCCGGACUGCUGUUUUUUCUCCUGACUCUGCACUCAGUAAAUUCGCUCAAGUGUUAUGUAUGCAGCUCCACUGACUCUAAUGAGUACUGUAACAGCAACUCUGAGGAAUGCCAGGCUCCACUUGACACCUGCAUGACAACUCUUAGCAUUUCAGGUGAUUUGAAAGCCAUUGUGAAGCACUGCUCCAAUUUUAAACUGUGUAGUGCAGCUGCAAGCAGUGUCUCAUUGGACGAGAACGGAGACGGCACUGCAGUCACAUGCUGUAGCAGUCGCCUCUGCAACUACAGCGCUGCAACUCACGUUCAGCUGUGUACAUGGAUACUGACUCUACCAGUGUGUGUGCUGGCCAUUCUCAUGAAACAAACUGCUUAGUUAGAAGCUACACUCAGACAAGUGAAAUUAUACUAGAGAUUAAGGGCCAAAAAAUUACCCUUAAUGGGCUGGGGAUACAACAAUUCCAGUUAAGUCCUAGUCCAACACUUGUCUGGACACAGGGAAAAGCCUGUAGCUGCUCCAUUUUUUAAAAGUCAUUAAGGAUCUUAAGGAUCAUUAAAGAGAGUGGCACAGCAGUGCACUGUGUAAUAUUUUCUGUUCAGCACACCUCAUUCAACUUGAGAAGAAACUAAUAAAUUGACAGAGGACUGCUGCUGGAGAACCCUGCAUUAAAAAGCUUAAGAGAGAUGGACUACAGCAUGAACAUAAGCAAGCCUGUCUCCAGUACAGAAAAAAGGUGCUUUAAACUUAUGACAAUGUGAUUAACUAUGUAAGUGAAGGGGAGACUGUUAUAAAGUUAACAAUUUGAAAUUGACUGUUGAGGGUUCUCUUACAGGCUAAAUAAUAGAUACACUUAACUAAAUGUGUCCUAUAAACAGUGCUCCAUAUUACAUAACAUUUAUGAAAUGUUACUCUGCCAAGGAAAAAAACUUGGUUCUAAUGUGUUCUGUAACAGACAGCUAGCAACUAUUUUUUCUUAUUUCUUGCAUAAAAAUGUCUCAAUUGUUAUACACUUAUUUUAAAUUAAAUCCUU